AACCUGAAGAGGCCACACCAUCUAAACAUUCAGACUCUGAGGGUAACAAUAAAUCGGACCCAGCUGAUGUUUGGGCCAAUCACCAGAAGACAAGCCAGACGAACAGCCAGGGUCCGAUGAAGGGAUGGGGCAGGACGGUGGAAACAGUCCUCCUGUUGUUGAUGCAGCAACACCCACCUCUGAUCCGUCAGUUCACCGUUACCCUGCAGGUGGUCAUACGACCCCUGGUGACCAUGCCAGCAAUCAGAUCAAGGACAAAGAUUCAGAACAAGGUGUGGACGGGAUGCCACCAGAAGGAUACGUCCGUUCAGAGAAAACAGGAUAGAAAGAUGUGUAUCAGAGAUGGACCGCCUGCACUCAUGAGGGGCAGAGCACAGUCUGACACAACAGACCCUCCAGAGAAAAAUAAACAAGGGCAAACUGAUGAAUCUCAUUCUGACAAUGAGUCUGCUGAUAAACCUCCAGCAAGUCGUGAUGUGCACAACAAACAUGAUCAAGAUGCAAACCAGCUCAAAGAACCUGCAGACGUCAAACUGCCUGAGAACUCCGACACUGAGAAGGCAAACAACCAAGACCGAGCCAGUACACCCGGAGAAUCUGGUGAGGAGGCACAGUCUGGUCUGACACCUGAAGAGGCCUCACAGUCUAAUCAUUCAGACUGUGAGGGUAACAAUGAACCAGAUGCAGCUGGUGUUGAAGCCCAAUCACCAGAAGGUGAUCAAAAUGCAGUCAUUCCACUGUCUGACUCCUCCAACACUGAGGAAACAAACAACGAAGAUCGAGCCAGUCCACUCAAAGAAUCUAGUGAGAAGUCACAGUCUGAUCGUUCAGACUCUGAGGGCAACGAACCAGACCAAGCUGGUGAUCCAAGCCAAAUACCAGAGGACAAGCAGUCUAAUCUGAAACCUGCGCCUGUAAAGCCAGGUUCAGGAAGUACCGAUGCAGCAGUUGUUUCUUCUUCAUCUCCGGGUGCAAAGGCAUCUCUUGAACAUGAUCCAAAUCCACAUGAUAACAUGAACAAUGGUGAUACAGAGACAGACCAGCACGAAAAAACUGCAAAAGAUGUCCCAUGGUCUGACACAACAGACCAUGCAGAGAAAAAUAAACAAGGGCAAACUGAUGAAUCUCAUUCUGACAAUGAGUCUGCUGAUAAACCUCCAGAACCAAAGGUGAGGGCUGGUGAGGUUGAGGAACCAUCAAAGGAAAAUUCGGGAUCAGAUCCGGAUAAUACAGAAACAGAGAAAACUGUUGAAGAUUCUGACUCAUCAGAUAAUUAACAGAACGGUGAUCUCUCAGGCAAAACUGCAGAGGAAGAGUCCUCCAAUGUUCCUGUUCAGAAGGAUUCUGAUUAAAAAUCAGAAGAAGAUUCUAGACCACAACAGACAGUAACUCACACUGAAGAAGCUAAAGACCAGCAAGAAACACACAACACCCAGCAGUCUGUGACUUCCUCAUCAACUGAAGUUAACACCAGCAACAACAGCAAGUCUCUAAAUACUGCACAACAAAACCCAGCUGACGAAGAAUCUGACAGCCAAACCACAGAGGCAGGUCUAGUCUAGAAACUAGUGGAGAUAAAGAAGUGAGAUAAAAGAGAUCACUAAAGACGAAGGACAAAGACACACUACAGAAAGGUGAAGUUGAUGAAUCAGCCUCCAUGCAAUCGUUUUUCACUAGAAAGGAGAAAAUUAGAGGCAUCAGAUAUUGAAAGUGAAGUUGUAAGUCCUUCAUCUAUUUCUGUUGCCUUUUUCAUACAAGAUAAAAAGAGAUACAGUGAACAGAUGAACAGAUGGACACUUGGUUGAGGAAGUGAGAGCUCAAGGUGAAACUCAGUACAGACUUUGGUUCAUUUCUUUUAGUUAUAUCUUUGUCUCUAACAAUCCCAAGUAUGUGUACUUUUUGUAAAAUGUUAGAUAUCUGUGUUUUCAUGUUUGACUAACAGCUGAGUUCUACAGUUUUUAUAUUGUUGUCUUUUUAAUGAUACAAAAAAGUAUUUGUUUAUCUUAAUGUGUAUUUUUAAUAAAUUAGAUAAAGAAGUUAAAUAUGUAACCAUUGAUUUAAAAGCACUAAUGUUCUGAAUGUAAUGCUAAGACAUUUAAGCUAACAUAUUCUGGAGCUGCAAGUUGAAUGCUUCAUUGAAGAUGUUUUGUGAAAGAGAGAUCAUCUAAAACCUUCAUGGUGUUUUUUUUCUCCCUUUAUUUACAUUUAGACCAGUUUGUAGUGCUAAUAUUUUCUUGAAAAUAUUUUAAGUUUUUAAGGAGCUCAGGGUUUAAUGUUCACUACUUUUUGUGGUUUUCUUGCUUGGAUUUUGGUGCUAAUGUGAAUAGCAGUAAAAGUUGUGAAGAUGGACAUGUUGUAAUAGUUGUUGCACUGAUCAUUAAAACCUAGUAGACUUGUUUA